CUGUGGGAGGUUCUUCCUCUAAAGUUGAGAGCGCACCGGGACUCCACACUCUGCAGCCGCCUCUGGACUCUGUUGGACCCUCUCUGGACCGAGCCGAACCCUGCUGUCUGAGCUCCGGACCUGGCCCGUCAUGAGCCUAAGCAGCAGUGACCUCUCUGAGCUGGUGGACCUGUGGGAGGAGCUGAACCUGACCUCCAACCUGUCUCGGGUGGAGGCCAUGAUGUGUUCAGGCGCCGUCAGCCACGCCGCGCUCCUCCUCUGCCUCUCCAUUCUCUACAUCUUCAUCUUCCUGGUGGGCGUGGCCUCCAACAUCCUGGUGUUCUGGGUGAACCUGCGGCCCGACCGGGCCCAGUGCGGGUCCCACCUGUAUGUGGUGAACCUGGCCGUGGCAGACCUGGGCGUGGUUCUGACCCUGCCCGUCUGGGUCACGUCUCUGCUGCAGGGCGGACUCUGGCCGUUCGGAGAGGUCAUCUGUAAGGUCACCCAUCUGGUGUUCAGCCUCAAUCUGUUCAGCAGCAUCUUCUUCCUCGCCUGUAUGAGCGUCGACAGCUACCUGUCUGCCACGCUGCUCUCUGGCGCCCUCAGCUGGAGGAGGAAGACGCUGCGGCGGCUUAUCUGCGCAUCGCUCUGGCUGCUGGCAUUGGCGGCAUCCGUUCCUGACACCUACUUCCUGCAGGCUGUAAGGUCCCCCCACCGCGACGGCGCCGUGUGCCGACCCGUGUACCCGCCGGAGAACCCCCGGGACUGGAUGGUGGGAGUCCAGCUCAGCUUCUUCGUGCUCGGCUUCGCCGUCCCCUUCCCCAUUAUCGCCGUCUUCUAUCUGCUCCUGGUAGCCGCCAUCCCUCCCAGCUCGGACCCGGAGCGCAGGAUAAGCCGGCGGAUCGUCCUCUCCUACAUCCUGGUGUUUCUGGUGUGUUGGCUGCCGUUCCACGCCGUCUUGUUGCUGGACUCUCUGACGCUGAUGAAUGUCCUGCCCUUCACCUGCCGGCUGGAGAGCUUCCUGGAUGUGGCGCUUCACCUGACGCAGUGCUUCUCCUUGGUGCACUGCUGCGUCAAUCCCAUUCUUUACAACCUCUGGCACAGAAGCUACAGGGAUGACCUGAUGAAGGCCUUCAUCUUCAGGUACUCCUCUAGAACUGGGCUGGCCAGGCUCAUCGACACCUCACAGGCCUCAGAGACGGAGAACUCUGCAGUCCUGGUGGACCACAGUGGUCCAAUCUGAACCAGGAAGUCUUCGUAAACAUUGAACAUCUGCUGGUCCUUUGGAUUUUUUAGUCUUUAUCUGCCUCUGAAGGAUGUUCUGUAGAACCUAUUGAAUGUCUUUACUCUUGUGGUACCAGGCAAGGUGGAAAAGUCUCCUUUGUACCAAGAACUCCUGAUGAGGUAAACUGGAGGACGGUUUGCUAAAGACUUCUUCAGAAGUUCAACACUGGAGUAAGUUUAGAUGUCAAAUUAUGAGGGUCAGAGGUCAAUGGUCUUUCAUCGUCAACGGUCACCAUGAACGUCGGUAGACCUGCAGACAUUGGGAACGCCUCACAUUUUCCACGUUGACAGGAGAUUUUGACGGUCUACACUCGAGAGAAACGGCGUUACCUUCAUCAGAUCCAUGAGACGUUUCAGACAAAGUCAGCACGGUUCUACAAAGACUUUCCAGAACUUCUUCUGUCUGGUUUGCAGAUCUGUUUGAUGCUGUGAAACUGUUAAUGAUGAACAGUUCCUUUCUUCUUUUAUGAGUCCAUAAUAAAGCAGACUGAUCUGCAGACGGUACCUUCAACAA